AUGGCCCCUCACAUCCUUGGCCCCGAGCCCGUCCAGGCCGACUCAUCCUUUCUCGGCACACGACCGUGCCCCACUCUGAGCUACCCUGCUUCUUUUGUGGAUGAGGUCUCUGCUUCUAUUGACCAAGGCCUCUCUGAGUCCGAGAAGCUCAUUGCUAACGCCAUGAAGACCCGAAUCGAGGCUAUCGAUCUCGAGACCUGCUCUCCUGGAUCCGAAGACUCCUUCUUCGUGGCUGACCUCGGAAUCGUCUACUCGCAGUUCAUGCGAUGGAGUAACUGCCUUCCCCGAGUCACCCCCUUCUACGCCAUGAAGUGUAACGGUGACCCCAAGGUUCUCCAGCUUCUCGCAGCCCUCGGCACCGGUUUCGACUGCGCCUCCCGAAACGAGAUCCAGACAAUUCUGGACCUCGGUGUCUCCCAGGACCGAAUCAUCUACGCGCAUCCCUGCAAGGUGGCGUCCUACAUUCGAUACGCCUCCUCUGUGGGCGUGGAGAAGAUGGUGUUUGACAACGCCGAGGAGCUCUACAAGUGUGCAAAGUACCACCCUACCGCCAAGCUGUUCCUCCGAAUUGUCACCGACGACUCCCAGUCUCUGUGUCAGUUUUCUGUCAAGUACGGCGCUGCUCUGGAGAACACCCAGUCGCUGCUCCAGCUUGCUAAGGAUCUCGGUCUGAACGUGGCCGGUGUGUCUUUCCAUGUGGGAUCCGGCGCUGGAGACCCCAACGCCUUCCUGGACGCUGUGCGAAACGCUAAGCGGGUGUUUGACCAGGGAGCUGCCAUUGGCAUGCACCUCAACACUCUGGAUGUCGGCGGAGGCUUCUCGGACGAUUCCUUUGAGUCCUCUGCUGCCGUUCUGGGGGACGCUCUUGACAAGUACUUCCCAGAGGAGAGCGGAGUUAACCUCAUGGCUGAGCCCGGCCGGUUCUUUGUGUCCGAGGCCUUCACCAUUGCCUCUCAUGUGAUUGCUCGACGAAUCAUUGAGAACCAGAACAAGGCCAUGCUCUACCUCAACGACGGUGUCUACGGAAACAUGAACUGCAUUCUGUUUGACCACCAGGAGCCCGUGCCCAAGGUUCUGACCUACCAGGGCAAGUUCAUGUACGGUGAGCGAUACCAGAAGCAGAAGUCCUCGCAAGACGUUUCUGUGUGGGGCCCCACCUGCGACGGUAUCGACUGCAUUUCUAAGUCGUGCCAGCUACCUGUUCUUCUCGAUGUCGGUGACUGGAUGUACUUCACUUCCUUUGGUGCCUACACCGUGGCAGCCUCCACCACCUUCAACGGUUUCAACAGCGAUUGUGAGACCCUGUACGUUUGCUCUAAGAAGGAGGUUGAGCAGUACAUCAAGUUGUAA